AUGGCGAAAGGAGCGGGCAUCCCUGGCCUAGACAAGGCUCUGACGGAGGAGGAUCUAGAGGAAAGCCGAAAUAUUUACAACAACCUACCUGACGACGCCAAACAACCCGAGAUCCAGGAAUACCAUAUACUUGAUCUUGCUGCGCUCUUCGUUCGGAACCGUGCUCAUAACAUUUUUGGCAUUCAUUUAGUACAUGCCCAUUUUACUAUACCCACGAGAACUGUUCUGCUUGGAGCCAACUACGACCGGCCACGUUGUCGCUGGGCCAGAACUACACCGAUUCCGGAUAUGGAUCUCAGCGAUAUACAUGGACAUAUAUUCGUUCUGAGGGACAAUGGGUUCCGCCCAUAUGAGUACCAAACAGGCCCUGCACCUGAUUUGUCUCAAAUUGACGACAUGUUUCUCCACAACUUGUCCGACUAUUUGUAUGCCAACAACUUGUCUUCCUUUAUUGGACUUCAGAUCGUCGACGAAAAUCCAGCAAAUAUGUUGGAGCUUAUUCUUCCACAGGCAACAGUGAUGCUGUGUGCCUCUGAUUUAAACGGCUGCAUCUCCACCAGACAGACCGGCUGGAGGUUUGCAACAGAAUUGGGUCAACCACGGGUAUGCCAAGCUAAUGAGUCGCAUGGGCAGAGAGCCACAACCCAUGAGAUUUACAACAAGGGUGACGCUCACCCCAGGAUGGAAACAUAUCAAGAUCUCAAGGAUGCACUUUUGAAGAUUGGAAUAAUCGCUUGA